UCCUGGAAAGCUUGUAGAGAGAAGCCAGCGCGAGUUUCCCGGGAGCGCGCGCCGCUUCGGCGAAGGCGGCAGUGGAGGGCACUCAUACAAAACAAACCCCACAUAGCCCGAGAAGAAACAUGGAAUUAUAUCGCUAAUCGGACAUAAAAUAUUGGGGGAUUUUUGUCGACUUUGAAAAGAAGAAGGGAACGCGAGGACGGAGCACGCGCGCACACACGAGUUUUGGACUAUGCGGCAGUGGCCUGGUGACGUCACAGCCGCCGGUGCCGAGAGGCGUUCUGAGAAUAGACUUCUAGGAAAUUGUCCUUUUUAAAAGACAAGCCUUUCCUUCUCGUCCUCCGCACAUUCGACGCACACUCCAUCCGCACAGAUUUGUCUUCUUUUUAACUAAAGACCGCUAACACAUUUACAUAUUUCUUUUUCUUUUUUAACAAAAGACGCGAACAUAUUUACACAUUUGCCUUUUUUUAAACCAACGUCGUUUUUGGCUUCAUUUCUUUUGUUCACAAUUACGGUAAAGUUGGACUUUUUCUUUUUUUUUUACAGGACUUGUUUUCUUUGACAGUCUUCUUUGUUGGGAAGGAAGGAAUACGACUGGAUUCAACUCUGUGGAUUGACGAAAUAUCGUACUGUAUAUACACAAUAGUAUAUACUCGUACAUACUGUAAUAGUAUGAUUCUCUGUGUACCAGGUCCCAGAGCUCUUUUGCCCACUGCUCCAUCCACUGAGGCCCCCCAGAGGGGCAUGCGGGCAGGCACAGGGGCAGCUACGCCUUGCCUUCAGAGUAGCCCGUCGCUAUGGGACCCCACCAAAGACUUACGGGCGAUUGCGAGCAACUUUUGUUACCUAGAGACAUCAGGGUGGUACUGGGGGGGCAUAAGUGCAGCUCAAGCCCACAGUGCACUUCAAGAGGCAUCUGAAGGGGCUUUUUUGGUACGAGACAGCAGCCACCCUCUCUACAUGCUCACCCUCUCAGUCAAGACGGCGCGGGGUCCCACCAGCAUACGCAUCCAGUACAGCUGCACUCGUUUUUUACUGGACUGCAGCUCCCCAGCCAGACCCAGCCUGUCGUCAUUCCCUGACGUGCCCAGCCUGGUGCAGCACUACAUGGGACCAGAGAGGAGAGCGGAGGACGGCCAGGCGGAGCAGCGGGUUCCUUCCAAAGCUGCAAUCCAGGAGGCGUCGUCGUCGGUGGUGCUCAAAUUAAAGCGAGCCGUGUACAAGCCCCAGAGCCUGCCGUCCCUGCAGCACCUCACACGCUUGGUCAUCAACAGGCACUCGGACUGCCACGAGCAGCUACCACUCCCCAGGCCUCUGCUGCGCUUCUUGCAGGAAUAUCCCUUCAAGGUGUGAGAAGGACAGAAACUCAAACAGGUCCUUUUUUUUAAAACCUGGGAAUGACAAUGCUGCUUUGGAACUCUUGAGGAGGAAAUGUUGGACACAGGGUCAUUAUUUUUCAUUUCAGUUAAUAUCAGCCGAUGUGUGUGUGUGUGUGUGUGUGUGUGUGUCACAUUUGGACUGGAUUGCAUGACAUGUACACACAGUGAUUCCUUUUACACACCUUUGCCAUUUUAUUUUUCUCAGUAAAUAAUUUUUCUACAUUUUACACGUGUAAUGUUUUUUGGGUUUUUUUUGCCUUAACUCCUGACCACUUUUGGGGCGCUCGCUACGUCUUCCCUGCAAGUUUUCCUUUGUUUGUUAGCAGGAUUACACGAAUGCUACUUUGUGAAUUUCCAUGAAACUUUCCACAAUGGGUGGGGCAUGGGUCAUUACAGUUGGAUAAAGAUCACAGAUAUUUUUCACCCCUUUUGUUCACAUUGCAAGGUAUUUUUUUCACCAUUUUCCUUAUUGCUCAGUAGGUAACGUGAAUGAAAAUGAAGGCGUCGCUACAAAUUAGGCUUGUUCUCGGAAAUAAAAGUAUGUGGCCUUUGAACUUCGAAUGGGUGAGACUACGUGAGGCACUAAAGGCCACAUUGUGUGUGUGUGUGUGUGUGUGUGUGUUCAACAACAUGUGCACACACACACACACACACACACACACACACACACACACACACACACACACACACAGCCUGCAUCUGAGUCAGCUUGAGUGGACGGGCAAAGGGGAGGACCGCUGAUCAGCCAAUUCAAAGAACUACAAAAUGCUUCCCGGGAGGAGGGUGCGAUUCUGAGAGGGAGUGUUCUAAGAAAAGCCUCGGUAAUUACCUUCAGCUUUGAGCUGCUUUUGUGCCAUGACACACACAUUUUUUUGUCUUAUCGUGGCACAGGACACGCACAAAAGAAAAAAUAAAAAAACAAAGCAGGCGAUUUAAAGGAUUCAUUCGGCAAAAAAAAAAAAAAAAAAAAAACUGGAGCGAUGAAAGCAGUGGUGCUGGUAAAGCGUGUUUGGGGGUGGGGGAGCAGGCAGGAGGCUAUGGCCACCUGGACUAAAGCCAGCGUAAUAGGAUCUGAGUUUCUCAAUCCGGGUCCAGCUCAUCGUCAUUUGAAUUCCCUUUCUGAAGGAUGCAAAAUCGCGGCCUGGGAAACAAAAACAAAUCAGUGUCACCCUUUCUGAAUUUGGAAAGGGGCACAGCAGGGACGUACUAGGUCUCAUUUUGAAAUGAAAUAAAGGACUGUGCAGUGCAGCCUUCGACUUGAAAUCUCAUAAAGUCAUGGGCCUGCAAGAUGAAAUUUAGCGUGGACGGGACCUGCUGUUGAUGUCGUGAUGCGUCUCCACCAAAUGCAGCCUCUCCAUGUUGGCCUCCGUCCACUGCUGAAUGGGCCCGGGGUGUCUGGGCUCCACCUCCAAGUAAACACGGCUGUUGUAGAUGAGGGGAAACAAAGUGGCCUUCAUUCAAAGUCAUUACAAUAGCAGCUGUGGCUUGACAACAUGUCUGGGAGUCUUAUGUUGUUUUUAUUAUUUGUUUUUUUUAGAUUAAAUUACAGUAGCUAGAAUUUUUUUAAUCCCCUGAGCAUGUGCCCUCGGGGAAAUUCAGGUUUCAAUAGCAGCAAAAAUGUAUGCAGUAUACAAGCCAAUAGAUAGGAGCACAGCACUCAGUCUAAACAGGUAUUUCAAACAUAGGAUAACAAAGUAUGAAGAAAAACAGUGAUGGAUCAUAAUAACGGCAUUUUAAUUCUAUUUUGGUGUACAUGCCCGUCAUCCGCCAGAAUGUGUGGAGCCAGGGUCAGAAUCUUCUGGAUCACGUUCAUGCCGUCUUUGCCUCCGUCUAAAGCGGCGUGGUCCUCAAACCUGCCAAAAGGGUUCACUUCAUUUAUACUGUACCUAUUUCUUAAAGGGCAUCUAAUGUUUUUACUGUACAUCGUUUGUGCAGUUUACAUGAUUUUAAAUUAGGGAUGCUCUGACCAGGGUAGUUUUGUGGCGUUGAAGGAGACGACGUCUUUGAAUUUGUUUUUUGUUUUUUUAAACCCUUUUGCCGCAGAUGCCGUCUGAUGGUUAUUGCGCUGCCGUCGGCACCAGAAAGGGCCUUAAUGUGGGCGGAAGACCGCCCUGUGUCUUGAUGGACAGCCAAUCAGAUCCUCCGGCUCUGCGCAGGUGUGAUUUUUUUGGGCCUACCACUUGACUUUUUUGUUCCAUAAUGCUCAGGAUCUUUCAAAAAAUGUAGAAUGACCGUCUUACUGCUCCCAACCUCAGCAGCAAUGGCACGCUACGAGAGGCCUUGCUUAUGCAGCUCCACAACCCGACCACGUUCAAAAAGAGAAAGCUUCUUAGCUUUAGCCAUCAGGAGGGCAUGACAGUGUGAAUGCCUGACAGAAAAUGAACAUUUUGAGCAGAUUUUGGCUUUUAUAGCCUGUGGUCUUAAAAUUUGAUCAGGUGAUAAACAACCUAUUUCAGUUUUUUUUUAUGUUUUGUUUAAAUUACAAGUUCUAAAUGUUUUUUAGAUUCGUCUUCAUUAAGAUACAAAUGUGCAAAAUGCUAAUUCUAGCAAUUUUUCAACUGGUUUAAGAUGUUGAUCAGGUCUGCAUUUCCUUUUCAUUGUGCUCUUAUUUUGGUAUAUCCAUUUCCUGUUGUGCCCAAUAUGGAGUUGCUUUGACCUUGUUCUGAGGCAGCUACUGGUCUCAGCUGUUGCUUGUUAGCAAUCAGCAGGCUUCUCAAGCACGGCGUUGUCACUGGGACAAUGCUGGACCAUUAUGUUUGCGUGGGAUUACUGGACGUGAUUUCGAUCGUUCCAGUGAAGACAAAUCCUCUGAGAAGAGAUAGGGAGGGUUGCUGACUAAUGCAGAGACAUUGCUGCACACCUUCAACACGGUGUCUGCGUCUGGCAAAACACAAACGCCAACACCAACAUUUGUGUUCUUAAGUGUGUUUUUCAAUGUGCAGUAAUAACUAUGGGCUUGUGCUGCAUCCAGGUACCUUUAGUGACAUCCGCAUAGUAAACCUUCAAUCUAUCCUGAAGCCCCAGCCUGUUGAAGAAAUCUGUCAUUCUCGGUUGUUUUAUUUAGAAAUGACACUGAUUGAAGCUUGAA